GCGGUCCUGUUGGUCGCGUUAUGAUAUCACUCGUCUGCAUCGGUCAUCGUAGCCUGGCUCUAAUACGAACAUGUCGUUCUCAACUUCGACCAACCAAGUCCAUUCUCACUUCCAGAUUUAUCCAACGGAUAACCGGUGCCGCAAAAGAAGCCCCACUCUAGAACUGUGAGUCGUGGGGCGUGCAAGUAGCUACCCCUCAUCGCUUUUCAGCGUGUCGUCAGUGUGUGGCUAUGUGUCGAUAUCUAACUGCGGGGAACAUGCGACAAGCGUCACACGACUGGCAGUCAGCGAACCUUGUGUAAAAAACAUUGGCGCGAGAGCACAUAAACCUAGAGUGAAUGCCUCACCUGGACGUGUCUGGACAAAGGGCUACCCGUGAUGGCAUCCUUAGAUUUGAUCAAUCAGGCUCCUGUGGGAACUAAACUCUGGAUCCUCCAUCUUGGUAUACUCGAAUGUGAUGAUGGCUGGUUCAUCCGUGCAGCAAACGCCUCCUCCCUAUCUAACCCCAAUCCCGUACACAAGCGCCGCAGACUUGUCAUGCUCGGUAUCCUUAUCGAACAUCCGACUGAAGGCCUCAUCCUAUACGAAACUGGCGGUGGAGAAGACUACCCCAAUCUCGCGGGUACACACGUUCAAGACGUCUUCUCACGAGUCGACUACGACAAGUCUAUGAAUCUUGACGAACAAAUCGCCUUGACCGGCCACAAGAUUGAAGACGUCAAGAUGGUCAUCAUAGGGCACUUGCACCUCGAUCAUUCUGGCGGCCUAGACCAUUUUAGAGGCAAAAACAUACCCGUUCACGUUCAUGAGCUCGAACUCAAACACGCCUUCUAUAGCGUCGCUACCAAGACCGAUCUUGGCGUUUACCUCCCUCAUUACCUUACUUUCGAUAUCAACUGGGUUCCCUUCCAUGGCGCAUACUAUGAGAUUGCUCCUGGCAUCAACUUGCACCAUGCACCUGGACACACACCCGGACUAACGAUCAUGCAGGUGAAUUUGAAGGAAAGCGGGACCUGGAUCUUCACGAGUGAUCAGUAUCACGUCAAGGAGAACUUUCAGGACAGUAUACCACAAGGCUGGUUAGCAAGAGAUCACGAUGCGUGGGUUAGGAGUCAUCAGAUGAUCAAGGGGUUGCAGAAGAGAACGAAUGCGAAGGUCUUGCUGGGUCAUUGUUUGGACACGAUUAAAGAAUUGGGUGUUGAAUUUGCCCCUACGACUUACAAGUGAGGUUGUGAAUGGGGUAAGUUCAGCGAAAGGCGUUGGCAAGGUACGACCAGACUGCUUACCACAUCGUGCUGUUGAUUACAUUCAAAUUUCAGACCUUGUACCAUUUUCCGAAAAAUUCUCUCAUAUCCCUCACCAUCUCCUCCGGACACUCCAUGCAUGCAAAAUGUCCUCCAUGGUCAUGAUCUGUAAAGCCCGUUAGCAUAUCCCAACUUUCCAUCAUCCCUCAUCAAAUCUCAUC